AUGUCGAUCUUUGGUCAGCCUGCUCAGCAACAACAACCUGCCGGAGGCAGCCUGUUUGGAUCUACCUCGCAACCCGCCGCAGGAAGUAGUAGUCUCUUUGGAAACACGGCUACUCAACCGACAGCACCAGCAACAGGACUUUUUGGUCAACCAGCCGCGAGCAACACAACUGGAGGAGGCCUUUUUGGAAAUAAUACUGCCGCUGCAACAAACAAUACGGGUGGAGGCGGACUUUUUGGGUCGACAACGACAGUGCCGGCGACCACUGGGUUGUUUGGAGGUGGUGCAUCCACCACCACAACACCAAGUACUGGUUUGUUUGGACAGCCCCAACAGCAACAAACGACAACGGGGGGACUUUUUGGGAGCAGCCAAGCAACCCAACCAACGACUGGUGGAAGCGGACUCUUCGGGAGUACAACGACUGCCCAACCCACAACAGGUGGUUUAUUUGGGAACACCCAAACCCAAGCACCCGCAACUGGCGGUCUCUUCGGUAACACUCAGACGGCUCAACCUGCAGCUGGAACAGGAGGGCUCUUUGGUAGCACGCAAACAACCCAGCCAACGGCCACUGGUGGAUUAUUUGGGAGCACAAGUUCUGGCGGAAGUUUAUUUGGUGCGCCGAAACCUGGAGGACUCGUACCAGCAGCAACCGUCCCCGCUCUUAAUACGAGUACGACUCCAACGACCAGUGGCGGGCUCUUUGGUCAAUCGACAACGAAUCUUUUUGGUCAAUCCCAGGCAAAACCGUUGUUUGGAGCUUCCACAACACAGCCGCAACCGCAACAACCUGCUUUAGGUGUCUCAACGCUUUCAACAAGUGCCCUACGCACCACAGCACCAGCCCAAACGCAGGCUGAUGCCCAAACGCAAUUCGCCCGGUUAAAUGCACGAGUCGAAGCAAUCGUGAAUGCAUGGAACCCUGCGUCACCCCAGUGCCGUUUCCAACAUGUUUUCUAUAAUCGCGUUAACCCGCAACAAAUAAAUCUUUACGGUCGGCCAGCGAAUAUGAGCGAAGCGUUAUGGACCAAGGCCGUGAGGGAUAACCCAGAUCCGUCAAGUUUGGUGCCCAACGUCGCUCUUGGCUUUGACGAUCUUCGCCAACGAUUAGACGGCCAGACUGCUCAAGCCACAGAUCACGUGGCCAAGCUUAAUGAACUCAAAACCCGAAUUGCUGACCUUGCGACACAUCAAUCAGCCAACCACACCCGUGCCUCGCGCCUAGCAGCGACACAUGUACAACUCUACCACCGAGUGCUACUUCUUGCCGCUCAUCUGCAUUUACUUAUACCUGCUGUCCGUGGUGGCGCAGUUCGAAUCGAAGAGGAGGCGAUGCGCGGCGUUUUAGAAGAGAUCAGAACGGAUGUUGGUGGGCACGGUCACAGCUCGAAUGGGAGGACAACCAGUAAUGCUGCGGGGAGGUUACGCAGUAAGAUCGCGGAAUUGUGGGCGGUGGUUGGUGCGCUGGCCGCUGCUAGGGAUGCUGCAUCAUCGGGACAGCAAAAUGGCGAGUGGAAGGUCGUUGACGAGGACGGACUGGCUCAAAUUGCACAGAUUCUCGCAGAGCAGCAAGCGGGUCUGGUGCACCUGACAAAAAUCCUGCAGAAGGAUCUGAAAGACAUUGCUGUUGUACUUGGGAAGAACAUAAAUCGAGACGAUGAUGGGGAGGAUGGGGCUGACAUCUGGCGAAGUAUGAGGGCAAGUGUGAGAUAG